GCAAACUGUUAGAAACAGGACAGCACACAUGGAAGUCUCACUGUAGUUUUUAUUUGCCAUUUAUGAUGUAUUUGUCAUUUCAUUUCACAGCUAAACCCAUUACGUCCCUGCAGCCGUUCGUCCUGGUUGAGGGUGAGUCGUUCCGUCCGGCCGCUGUAUGCCGUUCGGUGGCUAAGCCGAUGGCAGGCCUCUCCUGGGACACGGAGCUCGCGGGUCAGAGUCAGAACCGUAGCUUAGAUAGUGAAGUGGCCUCCAUCCAGUUUUCUCUCCACCCUCUCCGUAACAUGAACGGGCAGAAGCUGGACUGUCUGGUCUGGCAUCCAUCGCAAAAAGGCCCAGUGAGGAUCUCCAAUAACCUUGUAGUACACUACCCUCCGAAUGCACUGAUAUCUGGCUAUGAGGACAACUGGUAUGCCGAAAUGCAAGAAGCCACGCUGCAGUGCAGCGGUCAAGGAAAUCCAGAACCUCAGAGAUUCAGCUGGAUGAGGAAAGAUGAAGCUCUACCCGAAGGUGUGACUAUGGAAGGAGGCACUCUGCGCUUUUCCAGACCCCUGAGCUUGACCGAUCAAGGAGUUUAUGUCUGUACCGCCACCAAUGAGGUGGGAUCUGGAAAAGCUGAGAUUCUAAUAAAUAUAUCAGAGUCGCCUCCGAAAAACGCAUCUGUGAACUAUGUGAUGAUGAUUAUUAUCGCUGGUGUCGCUGCAGUGAUUGUUCUCACUCUUAUCAUAGUGAUCAUUUCAGUGAAGCGCUACUAUAAGCGCAAAAAUCAACAACUGGCUAUAGAGCUGGUUGCAAAAAAGGAGGAAAUCAGCACUCUGUCAAGACAAGCCUCAAUUAGGAGAGUCAACUCAGGAAGCAACAGAUACUCAGAUGAUAAUAAUCCUUUGAGAGCUGAAGGGACGAUACGCACAAGUCUCUCUUCACUGGAUCGUCCUCGCUCCAGGGACAGUCGGUCCACGCUGGGAGGGGUGGACUCACUCGGUCGUCCUGCAAUUUAUAACACGUCCAGAAGAGGUCGAGACAAAAUCAUGGACAGAACUGAAAAAGAAACUCGGCUGAUGAUGGAGUCUUAUGAGCAGGACAGUAACUUGUCACAGGAAACCCAACUUCUUCCUCCUCUCCACCCCUCUUCUUAUUCAAUGGAGCAGGCUGUUGAAAUUGUGCGGUCUCGGAACGGCAGCGCCAUUCUCCCAGCGGAGGGGAGGCCGCAGUCAGGAGGAAGUACCAGAGGGGGCAGCAGAGGGCAUAAUUCGCCCUUAGUAUCCAUGUACCCGACUCUUACAGAUGAGGAAGAGGAAGAUUCUGUUAGUCCUACGGAUUCAGGAGUCCACAGAGGUUUAAUGGAGCCUGAUGGAUUUGAGAACGGUGGCAGCGAUAUAUCUGAGGCGCUAUCCAGUCAUUUUGAGCGCACUAAUGGCACACUGUGGCCCAAGUCGAAACCCAAUAACAUCCUGCUCCCAGCCAAGACAAAACUUUUCCUGCCGCAUAGCCCAACUAUCCACAAAGCUCAGAUCGUUUAGAGCAUUUAUAUGGAAACGUCCAUAUAAACAUGGUUUAUUUUACAACAUAAGGGUGCGUUCCUCUGUAAUUUCACUCGACAAAAUACUUUGUUUGGACAACCAACCCAAAAAUUGAUUUUUUUUUUUUUUAUGAAUUUUUAUAUGAUUACAUUCUCAAGGUGGCAAAACCAUGGACCAAAUGACUAUCAGGACAUAGUCUGAACUCAAAGCUGAAAAAUAGUACCAGAGGUACUAAAACAGUGCCUCAAAUAAUUGUGUAAUCCGGAACUGGGACGCUUGAGUAUUAUGGGUCACAGCAUGUGUUUCAGAUGCAGAUUAACUGGAAUCGGCCAGAGCUGAGCUCCUUUGUGUGACCAACAAUGGAAUUAAGAUCUUUUUUUUUUUUUUUUAUUAUUGUCAUCGCAACCUACGGCUUCACUUGAAUUGCUGUUGAGGGAGACAAUACUACAUGAACUGGUUUUCUGGUCAGUUAAUCCUUCACUGUGACCUUUUGACCUUGAUGUCUGUAAUCCAGAGAUGUACAAAUGUUUUGAUAUAUAUAUAGUUUGAAUAUAUGUGUGUGUUAUGUAUUUUGACAGGAAACUACCCACUGCAUGAAUAGUAUUAUGAAGUAUUGCAUUACCUUGUUUUAAAAUGGCUCCUGCAUGUCAUUGUAGGUGUGACACUGUCAUUGUUUACAACAUUUAUACUUCAUACUUCAUUAUGUACUAGUGCUUUAAAUGCAUUUUGUUUUAAUAAGUGGGCAGUUUUACCGCAAGCUCCUGAGAUAUUCUUUUGAACUUUCUGUCUAACAAAAUAUAAAGCCUUGGUUUCCUGAUGGUAACUUUGGAGUAUUCAGUUCACUGCAGUGCAUGGGGGUUAUUAAAUCAACCCUAAUUAUACUGCUAAUGUUAGAUGAAUUUUAAAAAACACAAUGUUGAAUCAGGACAUUAUUGUUCGGUGCUUUACAGCCUAAAUUUAAAGGUGUGUUACCUGAUGAAAAAAAAGUACCAUAUCAGGAAUAAUUAACACUAAAAUGCUACAGUAAAGCUGGGAAUACUGUGAAAGUAGCAACCACUGUCAAAAAUAAAUAAGAAUGAAUUAAUGGAAAAUUUUAAUAAUUUAUUAUGUUUAACAAUAUUAACCACAAGUUCAAUAUCAAGUAUUUUGGUGUAAGCUAUUACCUUGGUACAUUCUUGUAACCUGUCCCUCACCGUGCUUGGCUUCUGCUGCAGGAAAUGCAUUUAAGAAUCAUUUUAGGAACGUCUGGUUUGACUUUUAUUUUGAAUUUCAACACAAUGGAUCUUAAAGUUCUUUUUGCUCCACUGUCAUUCUGCAUAGAACUGCAUUGCAAUUAAAGAACUCAGAUUUACUAAAA